AUGGGUGUACUUGCUGCAAUUCAAGACGGAAAUAAGAAAGGACACAAUCUCAGAUUGACCAUAACAGAUUUGGAUGGUCACAUUUACUAUGCAAAUGGCAAUGUCACAACAGCUGCAAUGCUUCUUGACGCUUUCAAGACUACAAAGAGAGAACAAAUGGUUGACUCCGACUCAGACAUUUUGAAUGCAAUUGAAGGAAUUGCAAGUGUCAAGUUCGAAUGGUACCAACCUAACCCUCAAGCAGUCAGACAACAUGCUGGAUACUUUCCGUUCAUAAAUAAGUCUGACAUUGACUUGACAAGGUAUGGAAUUUACAAUUCAAUUGAAACAAUUGUCAAUGAACCUUGCAUUCUUACAUGUCUCAGGAACUCUGGUCUUGUUACAGAAGAGAAGAUGAAGUACCUUGAGUCAUGUGUGAAGACAAGGUACAUUCUCAGAGGUCAAUUGGCAAAAAUUGCACCGUUGGCAAAUGUCAAUAUCCGAGUCAACAUACCUACAGCUAAAGGUUCUUCACAUGACGACUAUGUUGUUGAGUUCAAUUUACCAUGGUUGAAGAUUGCAAUUGUCCACAACCACUUCAUGUUGAACGAAAGUCUUACAAACCCAUUGUUCGGAAAAGGCAAGUGCAACAUUGUCAGAGCUGUAAACAUUCUUUUCGAGAAAGGCUUGUUGGAACCAAUUCCAGAUGACAAGCUGACAGAAACUUUUGUACCAAAAGACGAAACAAACUUUUCAUUGUUAGCAAGACCAAAAGUUGUUCCAGACAAAGUUCUAGCACAAAAGAAGUACACAGUUCCAAAAGGAGUUGGAUUGUUCGGAUACCAACCUGAACCAGAAGAACUUCCAAUGAGGUUGCAAGAACUUCAAGAUGCUAUAAACAAACUUCCAUUGAGACAUCCAAUUGACGUCAAAUUGUAUUGGAGAGCAUCUGAGUUAG